UCUCGCCUUUUUGGUGAUUUUUACAUUCUUUAAGAAAGGCUGAAAGAGGAUCUAUUUCGGUUUAUUCGGGACUCGAUUGAUCUUUAGAACGGAGGCUUUCAAAGGAACUGAGAAAGUUGGCAGGAGGGACAAUUUUCUGCUCAGCUGUCUUUUUUUGCUCGGAUUCCUUAUGUGGGAGGCUGGUGGUAGGUUACUGAGAAUCGCCCCAGAGCCCCUCAGGUCUGCUCGCGAAUCCCCGGAUCUGUUUGUAUUAUGACUCUGAGCUCUGAAAUGUCCGAUGCGUCCAUCGUUUCAGAAGAGACCGACAUAGAUGUGGUGGGAGACGGAGCGGAAGGGGAGGAAGACGAGGCCCAGGGGGGCAACUCCUUUGGGGAAGUCGUGAGCCAAAUGCAUGCUGAUAUUCUAACGCCUCGAUCUCCCUCCUGCGUGAAUAGCUCGUCGAACCGGGACCCUUACAAACCAACCAGCAAAAACCCUUUGGUGAAGCCUCCUUACUCCUACAUAGCCUUAAUCACAAUGGCAAUCCUCCAAAGUCCAAAGAAGAGACUGACUCUGAGUGAAAUCUGUGAAUUUAUCAGUAAUAGGUUUCCCUACUACAGGGAGAAGUUCCCAGCUUGGCAAAACUCAAUCAGGCACAACUUGUCCUUAAAUGACUGUUUCGUAAAAAUUCCCAGGGAGCCUGGUAAUCCGGGCAAAGGCAACUACUGGACUCUGGAUCCUGAAUCUGCAGAUAUGUUUGACAAUGGCAGCUUUUUACGGAGGCGUAAACGGUUCAAAAGGCAGCAAUCAGCGGAUUUGCUCCGGGAGCAUGGUAAUUAUAUCCCUGCUUGUGGUUAUGGACCUUACGGCUGUGGAUACGGACUUCAGAUCCAAGCUUAUCAUCCUCAUUCUGCCGUUUUUGCCUUUCAGCAUCCUUCAAGGCAGGCCCAUUCCAUCCCCCCGCCGUCCAUGCUGCCCGCAAGCGAACUAGCCAGGAACUCUUUCUACCCGCAGCUCAGCCCUCCACUAACCUCCGUGCAAUCUGUCAAGCACAACUCAACCAUAUCAAGGUCCCCCUUCUCCAUAGAAAAUAUCAUAGGAGGCAACGCCAGUCCAGCCAGCUGCUCAUCCCAGUCUCCAGCCGUUCCUCUAUUAUCAUCAAUGCCUUCCUCUUCAUCGGCUCUGCCAAGUCUGCACCAAGAGAUUGGCACACAAAAUGCAGGGAACUUUAAUGGUAGGAUUCCAAAUGUUAACGGCUGUUAAUAAAGUAUAAUGCACGUCUAUCUGAAGGUAGGAUUAUUUUUGUACAUUUCCUAUACGUCGACAAAAUGCGGACAGCCAUGAG